UCAGUCCGUACAAACCGAAACUCUGUUUUUGUGAGAUUCUUCGUGUGUGAUAAAGAUAAUGGAGCCAGUCGACAACGACCUUUUCCUACGCAAGUAUCAGCCAUCGGAUAUCAAGAUCGCUUCGGAGUUUCUAACCACUUGGCUGCCUUUCUUAUCUAGAGAUCUCUGCUCAGACUGCGUCCAUGUUCUCUCCCGUCGAAUCCGUUCUCUAGAUUCAGAACAUUCUUGUAAUACCACAGAGACUGUCUCUAGAGAUGACAAACCGGUUUACGAUCAUAACCUAGAGGAUGACCGGUUUAUCAAUGCUUCUGAGACGGCGAGUCCUAAAAUGUCUUGGGAUGAUAUGACACAAGAGGAUGGGUUCAAUGAGGAAGAAGAGCAGAAAGUGAGAGAAGACACGACGAAGACUCCUCAGAAGCGUAAGUUGUCUAGGGAUGAAAGAGAGCAGUUUCGGUUUGUGAACGUGAAGAGGAUGAAAGUGUUUAGCUGUUACGAGAAAGUUAAAGGGAGACGAGUUGAUAUCCUCGAGGGGCUUGAGUUGCAUACCGGUGUUUUCAGCGCCGCGGAGCAGAAAAGGAUUGUUGAUUAUGUCUAUGAGCUACAAGAGAAGGGUCGCAAAGGAGAACUUCAAGAACGUACUUUCACUGCUCCGCAUAAGUGGAUGAGAGGCAAAGGAAGAGUUACUAUUCAAUUCGGAUGUUGUUACAACUACGCAACAGACAAAGCGGGAAACCCACCAGGGAUCCUUCAACACGGAGCUGUUGAUCCAAUACCAUUACUUUUCAAAGUAAUAAUCAGAAGGUUGGUAGGGUGGCAUGUGCUUCCUCCAACGUGUGUACCUGAUAGUUGUAUCGUCAAUAUAUACGACGAAGGGGAUUGUAUACCUCCUCAUAUCGACAACCACGACUUCCUACGACCUUUCUGCACAGUCUCAUUCCUCAGUGAGUGCGAUAUACUGUUUGGAUCAAACCUUAAAAUCGAAGGACCUGGUGAAUUCUCUGGUUCUUACUCGUUACCGCUUCCUGUCGGAUCAGUUCUAGUGCUAAAGGGUAAUGGUGCCGAUGUAGCUAAGCAUUGUGUACCUGCGGUUCCUCAGAAGAGGAUAUCGAUCACGUUUAGGAAAAUGGACGAGUCGAAAAGACCAGUUGGGUUCACUCCUGAUCUCGAUCUGCAAGGGAUCAAGCCGUUGCCGUACGAACAGACCACACUAAAUACUCCUCCUGCUGUUGCAGCCAUUAGACCUUCAAGAUGGGGCAACGACCAAAAUGGUGGUAACUACAACAGUCGAGGAGGUGGUCAACGCAAGCAUCGCGAGUCGAGUAGAGGUUAUCAUCAUUCCGAGAGUCGAGAGCGGUCGCCAACAAGCAGAAGAAGAGGAAGUUCACGACACUCUCCUAAUACAGCUUAUAGACCCAAGGUUCAUAGUAAUAAUACUAGCUCCGACAAUGUUUGAGUAAAGAAUUUGCUUUCUGUUUGUUAUAUUUUUAUGUUUGUAAUACGAACUUAAUUAUUUAUUUUACCAAAUAAUAGAAUAAAGGAUAACUCAUAAACCAUGGUUGAAAGUAAAUGUAACAACUUCUAAAAUGCACUAGCAGGUUUUAUAUUCUAGAUUUAAAAUGGAGAAGGUUAUCGAAGUUUUAUAAUAUAGGAUUAAGAAAACCAAACGAAAACUAAGAUAAAAUAUGUAGUGAAAUAAAAAUAUACUUUAUAUUCUUAGAUUUAGAGUAGUUCAAUACGGUAAAACCGAACUAAUUAAAACCACCGGACCGAACUAGAGAACUAAUUAAAACCAAACUAAAUCGAAAUAUAGAAAAUUGUUUGAAUUUGAUAAUAGCGAAUGGAUACAAUUUUUAAGAAACCGUUGUAUAUAGAUAUGGUUUGGUAUAUAAACUGAAUAAACUGAUUAAUUUAAACAUAACAGUAUAUUUAUAUGUAAAUUAUAUAGCAUAAUUAAUAAUAUAUAAUUUUUUUAUUGAUAUGAUCUUCAUAAUUAAAAUGUUGAUUUUAGUAAUUUUAUAUUUUGUUUUAAGUUAAUUUUUUUAAUCAAAUUAAACAAAACAUUUUUUUUCUCGUUGACAAAUAUGUGCGCUAAUAUUUAGUUAUUUAAAAAUAUUAGGGAUUACUAAGUUUCUUAUUUUAUUUAUAAAAAUUAUUAUUAAUACUAAUUUAAUAUAUCUACUAGUAAUAAUAAAUAGUAAAAAAAAGAGAGAAUAAUGGUCUAUUUAAAAGUUGAAAUAUCUUCAUAUUUUAUUAUAUCAGAUAUUUAAUCAUCUAAAGUAAAAUUCACAAAAUGUUAUAAAAUUUAUAUGGGUUUUGUUAUAAAACCAAAUAAACAAAAAAUCGACAAUAUAUAAAUAUAAGCGAUCUAAAGUAGAUAUGGUUUUAACAUGGUAACUAUUUUUUUAUAAACCGAAAUACUAAAAAACUAAAAAAAUAGAACCGAAAUUCGGAUUGAACAUCCUUAAUUUAGACCAUAAAAUCCAAGAAAUAACUGAACCAAAUAUUCUCUGAAUAAUCAGAAACGAGAAUAUCUUAUACCAAGAUCUGGAUUGAACACUCUUAAUUUAGACCGUAAAAUCCAAAAAAUGGUUGAACUUAAUAUUCUCUGAACAAUUAGAAAUGAGAAUAUUUCGUACCAAAAUCUAGAUUGAACACCCCUAAUUUAGACCGUAAAAUCUAAAAAAUGGCUGAAUCUAAUAUUCUUUGAACUUAUCAGAAACGAGAAUAACCCGUACCAAGAUCUGGAUUGAUCAGACAUUCAACAUUUCAUUAAUUUUAGUCAACAAAAUAUCUUUAGUAUCCUUCUUAGAAUAUUUUCUUCUCUUUUCUGCACUAAUCAAAUUUGAUUUAUAUGGAUUAUUAUUAUAUAUAUAAAAAACUGGACCUUUUAUUAAUAAUAAAAACGAGACCUUAUAUAAACAAACUCGGGCUUGACCAUCAAUUUCGUUUUCACUGUAACGCUCGCGUUCUUAAAAGCUUCUCUCUUCUACAAGGGAGAGACUCGUCUCGCACAGAGACAACAAAAAAAAAAAGAGAGGGAAAAUUGCGAAUAAGCGAAUCACAAAUCGUCUCCCCAAUCGUUUUCGUCGAGAGAAUCAACGAACCCUAACUUUCUGACCUAGUCGUCGUCGGCCUACUCGAGCUCGCCG